AAGUUGCCCUCUUAAACAAAAUGUACCAGUUAAAAGGAUUGGUGGUCUUUUCCUAUCAGAUCACGGUGUUAAAGUUGAAAUUCCACCAUAUGCUUCUAAUGGACGUCGUGAACGAGUUCUUUGUGCAACAUUUCCAAGUACAGCCAGAGGAGUUAUAGGACCUUGGUUAGGUCCAGAUAUGCGAAUGGCAAGUGAAAUACAUAUGUUAUAUUCGCCUGUCAGAUUCAGAAUGCCAGUUGCUGUAUUUAUCCCUUUCACUUUUGCUGCUACCCGUGAAAUGUAUCAUCCAUCCGGAUCCAUUAAUAUACCAUUUGAAAGCGUAAAAAGACCUGAUUCUAAAAGUUUAUUACAUAAUGGUAUUCAAUCUAAUAAAACUUCAGCUAGACUGAGAGGAAAACCACCAUACUCAAUGCAUUUUGGGAAUCAUCUUUCAACAGCACCCAGUUUAAUUAAUGCUAGAAGUGUUUCACUACUACAAUGCCGUCUUGGAGAUGAUUGCUGGCAUGUAGUGAAAGAAUUUACGAUUGUUCAACCAACAAUUCCUUAUGUCGACUGGCCAUUAGAAGCUUGUGAAUUAACGUCACAAACAAGUCGAUGGUCAGUAAACAAUACUGCUUCAGAGAAUUUCUCUUCGCUUUCAAUAAAACUGGGACAAUUAUUAUUAAAGAAAAGUAAUUUUGACAAUAUUAGAGUUAAACAAAAUGAUAAUCGAUUAGAAAAUGAAAACUUACCGUAUGAUUUUGUAAAUAAAAUUGAAAACUAUUGUGGUGGUGUUUUCAUUCACACAGAAGAACUAAAUCAUUGUUACAUGCUAGUGAACUCAACUAAAGCAGCACAAUUUUAUAUCAAUCCUAAUGGUGGAUUAUUUUUCUCUCCAUUACUUGAUCCAUUUUUAUCUGUACGUAUACCAAAACGCGUCUGUCCUACUUUUGAACAAACUAUUUUCAAAAAAAUAGAAAUACGAAAUACUUGGUUGAAUUCAGCAUGUCAAUUUGAUUCUCAACUCAAUGAAAUCGAAGGUUGUUCUGAUAUUUUUGAAUUUCAAUUACAAGAUAUAGUGUUAAAAAGACCUGCAACAAUACACUUACCAUUACCUCAAUGGUACAUUAACAAAUUUAACAAAUCAAUAAAUUCUUUAACACAAACUAAUAUAAUUGUAAAUGGAAUUGAAAUGGAUCGUUUACCAGAUGUACCUGUUUAUUAUGUAAAAAAUACAAAUGUAACAUUAUCUACUGAUGAUAGGAGAUUAGUUAUUCUGUUUCAACCAUCUGGAUAUAUAAAACAAAUUGUAUGGCAAAGUGCUAAAGUUAAUGAGAUAGACGAAAGGGAAAUAUUUAAGAUGAAAUCAUCUAAAAAUAUUGAUUGUAUAGAAUCUAAGAAUUCUUCGAAAUGUAAAAUAGAUAAUAUUUUUGUGCAAUUAGGAUGGUCACAUUUACUAGUUGGUAUAAGAGGUGGAUUGUGGCAAACAAUGAAACAAUCAGUUUAUUAUACUAAAAGAACUAUUUCAUUUGAUACAACAGUUUUAGGAAGAUUUGUAAUGAUAGGAGCACGAAAUUCAGAUCGCAAAACAAAUGAUAAAUUAGAGCACUUGAUGACACAAAUUGAAUCAUUAUCAUAUGCUCCGCCCGGUGCAAUACUGAUUUGCUUACAUAUAACAACAAAUAAUUGGCAAAUUAUGGCUAACGUUUAUCCUGAAGAACGAUUAAAUGAAGUUAUUGAAAAACUAAUAUCAACUGGUUUUAUUCCACUUGUUCAAUUUAGUACUGGAGUAGUCAGGAAAGCAAUCGGAUUAAAUAAUGCAAUUUUACAAACAAUAGAAUGUAAUCGAAAUGUUAAUAAUGAAAAGGGAGGAAGGGUGUUAUUCUGCGGACUCGAUUACGAACCUGGAGCUGAGGUGCUAAAAGUAAAUAAAAUAAAAUAUUAUCGUGUAACUGGAUAUGAUAUUAAUCAUAUAUUAAUGUUGAAUGGUUUAUGUUUAGAAUUACGUUUUCAUGGUGAUAUACAAAUAAAAUCAACUAGUCAAUUUGAUCCAUAUACAAAAUGUAUUCAUAAUAAAGAAAAAGAACUAUUGAUCAAUCAUUCCACAUCUUCUGAAUUGAUAACAUUAGAAAACAAUGAAACAAUUAAAUUAUCAGAUAUUAAUUUUGACUUGGAUAUUCAAUUGAAUAAACAAAUUGAACAAUUGACAAAUGAAAUAAAACCGGAAAAAUUAUCACAUACAGAAUUAUUAAGUAAACAUGCAAGAAUACAAUUACAUGAAUUACUGUCAGAUACAUCAUGUAUUGUUGAAAUUGAACCAAUAGAAUCUUUGGAAAACAAAUAUUCUGAACGCAAUGCUAUAAAAUUACAGUACCUAUCAGAAUUGUUAAAUAAACCUACUCCUCAGGAUCCAGCUUACCAGAAUGACAACGUUAAUGAAUUUAUGGAAGAUUCUAUUUUAGGAGAUGAAGAGACAAUGAAAACACUCGAAAAUAGUAGAAGUUUGGAUGUUACAAUUACAGAAAACAAGUCAAUAAAAGACCAGCCAUCUUCACCGACAAUCAUUAAUCAAGAUUUAUUUAAUCGUUUCGAAACUAUGAUAGAAAAUAAAGAAAUAAGUAGGUCUAGUGAAUUUGUAAUGAAAAUAUAUGAACUAUAUCAUGUUGGAACUGUUGAAGUUUGGCUAGUUCCACCAUAUGAUAUGCCACAACUUGAAGUUAAAGGAGACAACCAGCCACAGGAGAAGCAACCAGAAAUGCAAAAUCACAUUGGUGCACCUGCUUACAAACCGGACUUAAGAAGUGUUAGCAAUUAUGAAAACGUUAGACCACAUACGAAUAAGGAAUUCACACCACCUACAUCGCCCAUAGCUCGACCCAAAUCUUCAUUUCCUCAAAUACGACGGUACAAAGCUUUUCCAGAUGACAGUGUUGGAUCAUAUCAGAAUCAAAAGUUUUAUAAUAUAGUUCGUUUAAAUACUGUUUGUGGUAUAGAAAUAGCUAAAGAAAAAUCUCCAUCUGGUGUGACAAUGGAAGAUUUCCCUUCAGAUCUAAAAUCCCCUUUGGCUACUUACGAUGGUAAUGUCAUUCAAACCAAGAACAAUAAAUAAUACUGAAAUGAUCAAUGAUCGUUUAGAAAAAUCUGCAAGAAUUAAUUCUACUAUAAUGCCAAAAGAAAUCAAUAGAAGUCAACGUGGUCUAAAUUCAAGUGUUGGAAGAAAAUUAUUGAAUUCACCACCUAAAAAUCGUGGUAUUAUUAGUGCCAGAUCUUUAAAUACAAGUGCUUUAAAAGGAAAAAAGACAAGUUGAAUUCAGGAAGAGAAAUUCAAACAUAACCAAUAAAUAAUAACAAUGUAUUUCAUAAUGUUAUUUAUUGUUGAAUACAAUACCACUUCCAUGAUACUAAUUCUUAACUUUUGUAAAAUAACAUUCCGAGUAGAGUAAUAACUACUCGCGGAUAAAGUAAGAUUAGUAGUGAUAUAAUGUAUUGCCCAUAAAAUAUGUUACUUUUAUUAUGUAAAGUUGAAUAUCGUUUAAUUCAACUACUAUGCUUGGGGUUAUUUUCCGACGAGUGAACAGUAAGUCCUUCAUAAC